CUCAGAAUUCUCUUGACAUCUGCCAAAAUGUAACCCUUUUUCCAAUAUUAUUUCAGCUUCGAUCUGAUGGCAGUUAUUUCCAAAAAGAACUAUAAUAGUGUAUAAAAGUAAAGAACCAAAACUAAAAUGGCUUACUGUAUUUCAAAUUCGCCACAAGGCAAUACAUCUGAAAUGGAGAAACAACUCGUGGAAAUGGAGAUGAAUAUACAACACCUGGAACAAAAAAUUCGUAUAAUCCAAAAAGAACGGGAAAAUCUCGAAGAAUACAGACGGAUGAUAUGUUUACCUUCUACAUGUAGCGGCCCAUGUUCUGUACCCCCAUGCCCAUCUGGACCACCAUGUCUUACCCCGACAACUCCUGGUAGGGGAGGAGCAGCAACAGAUCAACAAGUCAGGGAACUAAGAGAACAAUAUAAUAGACUUCAAGACGACUUCAAAUCUAAAUUGGUCGAGGUUGCUAAUUUGAGAGCUGAAAAUGAUAAACUCAAGAUUGGCUCCAAAGAAGCGGAUGACUUCAAACGAAUAGCCGAGGAAAAAAUGAAAGAAUGCGAUAAAUUGAUGAAAAGUCUGAAAUCGGAGAAUAACAAGUUUCUUGGCUCGAAAGAACAGCUGAAGGAGCAAGAACAACAACUGGCAGUCGCCAAACAAAGGUUCAGGGAAGCUCAAGACGAACUUGAAGAAUUAAGGUCUUUAAUCCAAGAUCAAAAACAACAGCUUGAAGAUUACAGAAACAAAUACUUAGAAGCUCAGCAAGAAGUGGAAGAACAACGACGACAAAUCGAUUUGAUGGAAAUAGAGAACAACAGAGUGAACGAACAAGUGAAUCUUGAAAUCCAAAGGGUUAAAAAUCAGUUUCAGGAGAAACUGCAAGAACUAAUUCCCCUACCUGACAUCCUCAAACAGACUCAGCUCAAACUCCAAGACGCUCAACAAAUGCACCUCCUGGCUGAAAGAAACAAUGAGGCUUUGACCCGAGAAUUGCAGGUAUAUCGUGAUAAGGCAACAGCCUUAGCUAAUGAGAUGGAGGCAGUCAGAAGCGAUCAACAGAUGGGUGCUGACGAAAAGACAAACCUAAGCAAGAGAAUCGACGAUUUGGAAAAACGAUGCGGUGAGCUUUUAGACGAAAAUAUAAGGCUUCAAACGGAACUUUCAAGGGCUGAAGAUCAGAGUGACAAAUAUCAAAGCCAAUCAGAAGCUCAACUUCACGAAAUAGCCCAAUUGAUGGCUCAGACAGAAAAUGUCAGAGAAGAAUCAGCCAGACAAGUGGCGAGAAUAAAAGAUAGGUGUGAAACUGUGAGAAGGUCGAUGCAAACUCAAAUCUCCGACUUGGAGAGACAAGUGGCACAGAGUAGAGCGUUGGCUAGAUCUGCUGAAAAGGAUAGGGAUGAUAUAAGACAAAAAAUGCAGGCUCAAAUCAACAACCUAAACGAUAAUUUCGAGCAAGCACAGAUACGAAUUAGGAGUCUUCAGGAACAUGUUAAUUACUUGAAACAUUCAUAUUCAUCAGUCUUUCCAGGUAAUGCAGGUGCUUUAUCUGAUGAUGGCGCUAUAUGCAAUUGUUAGAGCUGCCGGAUUUGAAUUCGUUGCCUUGACCUCAAUAUGAAUCUAUACUCCAAAAUUCAUUGUGUUGUUCUAUAGUAAGUCUUCUGUAGCUUUAUGUAAUCAGGAAAUAUUCAUAUAUUUGCAAUAUACUUUUAUGUGGUA